UGCUCUCACUGCUGUUUCCCGCCGCAGCUGCUGUCGACUCGGCUCACCGGCGGAGUCCCGGAGGACGUCAGAAAGUAGCGAACGCGGAGGCAGCGCCGGGACACUCGGGCGCCAACCGGCCAUGGCUUUUCUGGGCAGCUUGGAGGCGGUCCUCCGGAGCGCGGGGGUGCAGCUGCUGUCUGGGGUGGGACGCUCCAGACGGUGUGUGUCAUGUGGCGCCUUGAGGGCCAGGCUCGGCAGCACUUCGGCGUCCCCUCACGACGUAACAGUGGAGUACAGGCACGGGCUGCCCACCCUGUGUUUGCCGCUGCCCUCCAGAAGAGAGACGUGCCGCUUUUCCUUGAAGCCGCUGCUCAUGAACGUGGGUGACCUGCUUCGUGAUGUCCAGCGAGAGGACAGGGGCAUCGAGAGCGUGGCGGUGCUGAGCCCAGAUGGCGUGCGGCUCUCCUCGGCCGUGCCUGUCCACGUGCUGCUGAGGAGCGAUUUCCAGAUUGCCAUCAAUGGCGUCCACUACCAGGUGCGACCUCCAGACACAGUCCUAGCGGAGCAGAUUGGCGCACAGCAGACACCGGCGAUGGACGAGCUGAAGGACGUCAUCCAAAGGCUGCAUUCGGCUCUGCACCUCCCGGCCCACCACGUGCAGACGCAGGAGAAGCUGUUGCUCCGGCUGGGUGAGCUGAGAGAGGAGCUGCGGCCCCUCGAGGAGGUGAAGGAGAAGCUGAUGCGGCAGGCGGGGGGCCGCACGAGUCGCCUCCUCUGGCUGGGCCUGGCCUACCUGUCGGCACAGGGGGGCACGCUGGCCUGGCUGACGUGGUGGGUCUACUCCUGGGAUAUCAUGGAGCCCGUCACCUACUUCCUCACUUACGGCAGCGCCAUCUCCUUCUACUCCUACUUUGUCCUCACUAAGCAGGAUUGUGUCUACCCCGAAGUCCAAGACCGCCAGUUUCUUCAUAUUUUGCACCAAGGAGCCAAGCGACGGCUUUUUGAUCUCGAGAAGUACAACAAGUUAAAGGACGACGUCGCUCAGGUGGAGUGCGACCUUCAGCGUCUGCGUGGUCCUCUGCAGCUUCAGCUGCCGGUGGAGCAAAUCAACGAGAAGCAAUGAAGUGUAAUCGGAAGAGAUGGCAUUUUGAUUAAAGGUGGCACCCUGCACACAA